CACUGCUUGCCGGGGGUGUGGUCAGCACCGGGAAGCGAGCCGUGGGCCGGCCACUGCUCGGAAUCGUCCCCUUGUCGGGCCUGUGGACGCGGAGCGGCGGGUUCGGGUGCAUCCUUGUGUGGACGGGAGGCCGGAGGAGCGGGACGAUGGGCGCGGUGUUCCGCAGCGAGGAGAUGUGCCUGGCCCAGCUCUUUUUACAGGCCGCCUCGGCCUACGACUGUGUUAGCGAGCUGGGGGAGGCCGGCCUGGUGGAGUUCAGAGACCUGAAUCCUAAUGUGACCACCUUCCAGCGGAAGUUUGUCAGUGAGAUGAGGAGAUGUGAGGAGAUGGAGAAGACUCUUGGGUAUCUGUUGCAAGAGAUUAAAAGGGCUGAUAUACCUCUGCUGGAUGGUGAAGUGAAUCCUGUCGCCCCACUGCCGAAGCAUGUGUUGAAGAUACAGGAACAACUGCAGCAGUUGGAGGCAGAACUGCGAGAGGUGACAAAAAACAAGGAGACUCUGAAGAGGAAUUUUCUCGAGCUCACGGAGUAUAACCACAUGCUGCGAGUGACUCAGGACUUUGUGAAGAGAACCUCGGAGAUUGAUCUCUUGUCCCAUGUUCAGUAUGAAGAGUUCCCUUCCUUGGACAAAGAACCGCUGAUGGAUCAUACGAACAUGCAGCGACUUGGUGCUAAAUUAGGGUUCAUAGCUGGAGUGAUUCACCCUUGGAAGGUUGGACCUUUUGAGCGGAUGCUUUGGCGAGUUUGCAAGGGAUAUACGAUCCUGACAUAUGAGGAGUUAGACGUUCCUCUCGAAGAUCCAGACUCGGGCGAGAAUGUGAAAUGUGUCGUAUUUUUAGUGUCAUACUGGGGUGAGCAAAUUGGCCACAAGGUGAAGAAGAUAUGUGAUUGUUAUCACUGCCACGUCUAUCCCUAUCCAAACACGAACCAGGAGAGGAUGGACAUUGUGGCUGGCCUCAACACACGAAUCCAAGACCUCCACACGGUAUUAUGUAGAACUGAGGAGUAUCUGCAGCAGGUUUUACUGAAGGCGUCAGAGUCCAUCCACACCUGGCUUGUGCAGGUGAAAAAAAUGAAGGCCAUCUACCACAUUCUGAAUCUGUGCAGUUUCGAUGUCACCAAUAAGUGUCUGAUUGCUGAGGUCUGGUGCCCAGUGGCUGAUCUGUCCAAAGUUCGCCACGCUUUGGAAGAAGGAUCUAGGAAAAGCAGUGCCACUGUCCCAUCGUUUGUAAACCGGAUCCCCACAACGGACACGCCUCCGACGCUCAUCCGCACAAAUAAAUUCACUUCGGGAUUUCAAAAUAUCGUGGACGCAUAUGGAGUUGGAAACUACCAGGAGGUGAACCCGGGCCCUUACACCAUUGUCACCUUCCCUUUCCUGUUUGCGGUGAUGUUUGGCGACUUUGGACACGGUUUGAUUAUGACAGUGUUUGCACUGUGGAUGGUGCUUUUCGAAAACAGCCCGAAACUGAGGCGGACGAGGAAUGAGAUCUGGAACACAUUUUUUGAUGGUCGUUACAUCAUCCUGAUGAUGGGAAUAUUUACUUUGUACACCGGCCUUAUCUACAACGACUGCUUUUCAAAGUCCUUGAAUGUAUUUGGGUCCGGAUGGAGUGUCAAGAACAUGUUUAUAAAUGAAAGUAGGAUGGUCACUGAAGUUAAGCGUAGUCAGCUCCUGAGCUUGGAUCCCAAUGUUACUGGAGUAUUCAAAGCACCGUAUCCCUUUGGCAUUGACCCGAUCUGGAACCUUGCAAGUAAUCGACUGAGCUUUCUCAACUCGUUCAAAAUGAAAAUGUCAGUUAUCCUUGGUAUUACCCAUAUGACAUUUGGAGUCAUUCUGGGAAUCUUCAAUCAUUUGCACUUUAAGAAUGAAUCUAACAUCUACCUAGUAUUUAUUCCGGAGUUGGUCUUCAUGAUAUCUCUCUUCGGAUACCUCGUGUUUAUGAUCAUUUACAAAUGGUUGGCGUAUUCUGCUGUAAACUCGGAUUUGGCUCCCAGCAUCCUCAUUCAUUUCAUCAACAUGUUUGUGAUGCAGAGCAGUGAAAGUGCACAGCUUUACCCUGGGCAGAAAGGAUUCCAGGUGUUCCUGUUGGUUGUUGCUGUGUUAUCCGUUCCAGUAUUGCUGCUCGGGAAGCCCGGAUAUUUGUAUUGGAAGCAGCACGGAGGAAGAAGCUUUGGGACAUACAGAAAAGGCUACACACUUGUGCGAAGAGGAAGUGAAGAGGAGUUGUCACUGCUGAGAGCUCAUGAAAUGGAACAGGGAGGCAGCCACUCGAACCACUCAGGCCACCCUGAUGGAGCUGAGCAGGAGUUCGAUUUUGGUGAUAUUUUCAUGCAUCAAGCAAUUCACACCAUAGAGUAUUGUCUGGGCUGUGUGUCUAACACUGCUUCGUAUUUGCGGCUCUGGGCUCUCAGUUUGGCUCAUGCUCAGCUGUCUGAGGUCCUGUGGGGGAUGGUGCUGCAUAUGGGCCUGCGAAUGGACAGUGAUUUCGGCUCCUUGUUGUUGUUCCCCGUCUUUGGCGUCUUCGCGGUUCUUACCGUCGCUAUUCUGCUUGUCAUGGAGGGUCUCUCAGCAUUCCUGCACGCUCUCCGAUUGCAUUGGGUGGAAUUUCAAAACAAGUUCUACAAGGGCAGUGGAUACAAAUUUUCUCCAUUCUCCUUCAAGCUGGUCACUCGUAACAUUGAUGACUUUGCCUAGAUUUGUGCUGUGAGCAUGUGGAUUUCCCGAAUGUCACUGGCAUGGUCAUGUGACACUCAUGGCUUCUCAUGACAAACGUUUUGCACUGUGACUGCCUUACCAAAUACGCACCAGUUUCCCCACUAAUGACAGACAAAUACUUCCAUUGCAACCUCAGGUACUUCCAGAUUUUACGGAACGUGAAGGACAUUAUGUGCCUAGUGUUUUCACUGUGAGCAAAGAUGUACGGUAGAAUUCACACAGAGUGCUGGAAGUGUUUUGAUAGUUUUGAUAUUUGAUCCAUCCAACAAGGAAUAUUUCCAAGUGGAAAGCCAGAGCUAUUAUGAAGUUAAACUCUACGGGUCAUGUGCGAGUGCCGAAUGGGAAGGUUUACUUCCUAGAGCUGAAAAGUGCAAUUUCUGGUCCAUUGGUCCCUUUCAACCCAACAGUUGGUCCCCCUUACCCCUUGGUCUGUUAAUCCCCUUCAACCUAACGGUUAGUCCCCCUUGGGGUUCACUCAUUGUAAUGGGACCUUCCUGGUAGUGGCAGGUUGAACCAGGGCAGGGGAGUGUGGGGCAAGGAGGGUGAUGACGGCAGGUAUGCAGAAACAGGGAGCCUGCGUUACUUAACCAUUUCAUUCUUCACACUGAUGCCGUCAGAGGUGAUAUUACCAUUUUUGAGGAAAUUGGAAAAACCCAAUAGGAAAUUUGCAGGGAGCUUUUAUUUGACUUCCUGGUUAAUACUGGUCAGACCACAGCACCGAGAAAGGUGCUUAUCACAUUAUUUUGUGCACGCAUUGAAUGUUGUUGCAAAAAUAACUGAGCAUCAUAAACAUGGCAUCCUGAUCGAUAAAAGAUGCUUUCCUCUUGUCCUGCCGUUGUCUCCUCCAUCAGACUGUUGGGGUUCGAGGGGGAAGAGUCCCAGUGCCGAACCUCUCUGGAGGUCCCACCUCUCAUGGGAGGUCCUGCUGUUGUCUCCUCCUUCAGACUGGUAGGUGUUGAGGGGGGAGUCUGUCCUCUGUUGGAGUGGGAGGUGGGGUUGGGGGGGGUGGUUGAGCCCCACCUCUCUCUGGGGAGGGGUGAAGGGUUCCUGCUUUUGUCUCCUUCGUUAGACUUCUGGAGGAGAGUUGUCAUGGGUGGGGAGAGAAUCUCAUUGCUGUUAAACUCUUGGAGUGGGAAGCCAUACUGAUCCUGUUGGCUUGUUACUUUUAAAGGACAAAAUUACAUUCAAACCUCUGUCGGCUCUGCACUGGAGUUCAUGGGUCAGUAUGGAUAUGUGGAGCUCUGACACCUGACUUGGGUCACAGCUGGGAGAUGGUGACGUUGUUGGAAUAGUUCCUGUUGACCCCUCUCCAUACAUCUUAGCCAAUCUGUUCCUUAUAUGAUCUUGAUAAAUCCUCUGAAUGCCUUUCAGUGUCUGCACAAAGGCAUGUCUGUAAAUCGAGGGAUACUGGAGUGAAGGCAAAGGUGCUGGAAAGCUGAGAGAGUUGGUCUGUGGUGAGAGAGUUAAGGCUUCAGGUCUGGUACCCUUUGUAAGAACUCGGGAAGAGGGAAAACACCUUUCCAGUUAUUGGGAAGGUCGUCAAAGAGGUGGGUUGAUCGGAGGGUUUAUCUCUGAGAGAUGAAAUGGGUUGGUGUAGCAGUUAGAAGCAAUUAUGUCUCUCUCCUGGUGCUAAGAGUGAGGCUGUGGAGCAUAUGCCCAUAGGACCGGCCACCCCUUGAAAUCUGCCUUGUUUUUGGUGAAGGGUCUUGGACAUGAAAUAUCCCUUUCCACAGAUGCUGUCUGAGCACCUCCACCAUUCUGAUUUAUUUCAGGUUUUCAGCAUCUGCAGUUUUAUUUCACUUUCAUUAGGGUCUGUUCAUCCUGGAGAUUCCUAGCACUGUCUAAGUUUGAAAUUUCUGCUCUUUGAUUUCAAGAUCAGAUAGGGCUUUGCCAUACCUCACUUCCCCUCUCCCCAGCACCAGGCGGAUCUCGAACCUGCAGUGGCCUUCUGCGUUUUUUCCUAAUGCUCUUGAGAUACUGCUCAAAAAUACUGGGCAUUAGAUCUGCUGGUGGGUUCAUCACAGCAAAGUGCAGGGCAGACUGGAGGGAGGAUAACUUCAGGGUGGUUGGCUGAUGUGAUUCUCAGCUUUUAGCUAUUGCAAAUUUUGGCCAGGUUUUUUUUUAACAAGUGGGUUCAUGAGCCCCUGAGCUGCUGCAGGGAAUUCACUGUGAAGGUAUCAAACACGACUGUAUAACAAACUUCAACGAAGAUUUCAUCUUCAACGGAAGCUGUUUUUAAAUAAAAUUUAUCCUUGUAUCUACCAAUCAGCUGCUUUCCUGCUUGGGUUGACUGCACCGUGAGGUUUAUAGUCUGUGUAGUUGUACAGCUUUUAAUGUUUGUCAGAGGCCCUUGGUCUGAAGUGUAGGAACUGAUGGUGGCAGGGCAGUGAAAUAAAUUAAGCCGAGCUGCAUGCACUGUCCUUGUUUCUGGGACCACAAUCCAUUUGUACUUUCAAUGUGUAUGUUUAAUUUAUGUAGUUUAAGUUUGCAUUGGCAAUAUUUUUGCAAGGCUGGGAGGAGGAGAGAGGGAGAUGAGGGGUGCCACAGACAAGGGACAACUGUCCUUUCAUAGCCGUUGAAAUGCCACAGAAAACCCGUCUCCCUCCUUCCCCAUCAGUUUCGCCUGCCACAGUGUGGCUAUUCAGGUAACUAACUAUGUUUAACAUUCUAAUCUAUUUAUAUUCCACUUUGUUUAGGUAUCACUAAGAGUGUAACAAAGUUAGUUUCUGUAAAAGGAGGUAAAAUGUGAUAUUAAAUUUCAGAUGAAUUUUUUUUUUGCGCAACUCUUCUGCGGACUAAAUGCUGAAAUGGUUUAGCUGUCUGACCUGCAUUAUGUACUUUGGAUUGCAUCUCUGAUGUGUAAAAUUUAAGAUGUGAUGUUGAUCAGGCUAACAGAUUGAAAAGACGAGAGGAGGUUUGUAACACUUUGGAUGCAGGUCAUCUUUGUUUUAUAAAUGUGGCUCUGAUUUAUUAAUGUCUCUGCUUUGUAAUGAACUCCUGGAACAAGACUAGAAAACUCUUGUUUUUUAGUUAAUCAACUAAUACUUCUAUUAUUUCACUACCUUUCAAGGAAUAAGACCAUAAGAUAUAGGAGCAGAUUUGGGCCAUUUGGCCCAAUGAGUCUGCUCCAUUUCAUCAUGGCUGAUCUAUUUCCCUCAGCCCCAAUCUCCUGCCUGCUCCCCCUAUAUAAGAAUAUUUUUUAUAUUUCCCCUCUAGUUUUUUUGCAUUGUUUACCUGAUCUAAUGCUCACUGUCUGCAGAUGUACAUGAUCUGUUCAAAUUGAUGUUGAAAUAUUUAGUGCAAAUGAUAGUUUCUGUUAAAAACUGGCCUAUCGCCUUAAUGAAAUUUUAGUUUCAUACUAAAAAUAAAAGGUUUUUUGAUUCAUGA